AAUUUUAAUCAGUAUUUUUGUAACAUUUAUAAACAUUAUAAUAACAACAUAAUCAUUACGAAAUUGUGUGUGCUAAAGACUGGUUAUGUUUUCAGAGACGAUAAUAAAAAUAAAUAUUUCCAAAUAAUUUAUUUAUUGUGUAUAAUAGUUCAACAUCAAGUUUUUCCGUACGAUUUUUAAAAUGUCUCAAACUUUUAGCAAAAUAAUUCCAGUAACAAGUCCCAUAACAACAUCUUGUAUGGAAUAUGUACAUCCUUGGACUGAAAGUUGCGCUCAGGCUACUUGUGGUCUCUAUUUGUACUGUAUAUAUGAUUCCUUAAGAAUCUAUGGAACUGUUUACAUGUUAACAUUGUUGAUGAAGGGAAAGAUACCUUCAAAAGAAGAUUUGAAAAAAACUCUAUAUGGUAUAAUUCAGUCCACAGCUUUUCUCAGUUUCACAGGAUUUGGAUAUUCACUUUUUUUGUGUUUAUUAAGGAAAACUUUGGGCAACUUCAAUAUUUUAACAGUAUCUGCAGUACCAUCUUUUCUUUCUAGUGUUUUUUCAAUUUUAAUAGAAAGACCAAGCAGACGCAUCCUUUUGGCUCUUUAUGUCAGUAACAUAGCCACCGAAACGUUAUGGAAUAUGGCCAAGUCCAGAAAUUUAGUUCGAAGCAUUAAGCACGGAGAUGUGAUAAUUUUUAGUUUGAGCAUGGCCAUACUCUCUCUAUUUUUCAAAAGUGGUUACCAUAAAAAAUCUGAUGCUGAUAACAACCACGAAGAUGCAAUGUUCAGAAUAAUGAGGUUUGUAGUCGGACCUUACGAACAGGAAGGUUACACAUCUGGAGAACCGAACGGUUUUCACAGAAGAGUAGAUAAAGAAAACGGAUCUUCGGUUUCUCCUUCUUCGCAAGUCUACAAAAAGAAAAAUACGAUAUUCCAUGUCGUUACUCAAAUGUUGAAGGUGUAUAGAAAUAUAAUUAAUAAAAUCAAGAGCUGUGAUAGAAGCAAUACCUGUCCGCAUCCUUUCAGUUGUCUGUAUUAUAUAACAGAGGGUACCGGAAGAAUGUUCUCUUUAGGUUUAGGUUUGCAAGUCACCCUAAAAUUAGUCCUAAAUUUAAAAAGAAUAUUUAUGUCGCCAACGACAAUAAAAAGCAUUUUAUUUAAAAGAGAAACUUUCAAUUUGCCCAUAUUCUUAGGAAUGUAUAAUUGUUUAUUUAGGGCGUGCCUUUGUAUUUUAAGGAGAAUAAGAGGUAAAGAUAGUCCUGUACAUGCUCUACCCGCAGGAAUUUUAGCGGGAAUAGCUUUCAGUAGAUAUCCAGAUUCCACGAUAGCUUUGUACGUUAUGUGGAAAGUGGCACAGGUGACAUAUAAUUUAGGAAUUGACAAAGGUGUUGUACCAAAGGUAUCUGGAUUCACAGAACUGCUAUACUGCUUUAGUACCGCCGUACUAUUCCAUGCAGCCAUAUUAGAACCAACAAAUCUUAGGCCAAGUUAUUGGAAAUUUUUACAUUCCAUUUCUGGUGGCAGGAUUGCUUGUAUGGCUAGAGCGCCAUUAGAUGUUUGGGGUUUGAAUUCGACCGAUUCGCUAAAUAAUGUUUUGAUGAAGACCAAAACUGUACCAAUUGUAUAUUUUUAGUAAAAAUAAUCCGUCUGCUUAGAAAAUUUGUGUAUGUUUUAUGGUUUUUAUUAUUUUUUUUGUUAUUUUUGUUUGUAAGAAUAUAAAAAGACGUUAUUGCUACCGUUGGGUAAAAGAUAUAUUUUGGAAAAAUAAAUACAUUUUGUAUAAAGUUCAGGUGACUUACAACCCCUUCACCACUAUUUCUAGAUCAAUGUACAAAAUAAUAUGCGUUUAGUGGAACAUUCUCUUUCAAAAAAUCAAUUGAAAAGUCCAGUGCAAAACCGGUUAAUACUGAAUAUACUGUUUACACUAACACUCACAAUUACAAUGUCUGACGUGCUUUUCAAUAAUCAAGCUAUCGUCUUCAGAGAUAGAAGGUAAACAGUUUACCUUCAGUCUACCUACCUACGGGUAGAACUGGAAAGACACUCCUCAUAUCAUUAAUUUUGUUUGGGCGAGAUCCUAAAUUGUGGUGGCAGGUGUUUCUUCUGGAAUAGUGGCCACGUUAUCAUAAGAAUGUUGUACUUUAAUAACGUUUUUCUUGAAACAGGAAUUAAAUUAACGAGACUAAUAAAUGUAAUGCGAUACAAAGUAUCACUGAUUUCUAAUUAUUUCUUUGUUUAUUUAAGGUAACAAUUUCAACGUAUCAAAUUUCAGAACGUUGUUAAGAAAGACCUUGUUAACUUGUAUAAAUAGAAUUAAUAGUAACAGAGCGUUUCAGUUUUCAAGUAAUUGUUAAACAGGUAAUAGAAAUAUGAAGAUACAAAUAUGGGUUAUAUGUUUCAUAUCUGCAAUAAACUUAAUUACUUGUGGUUACUUAAUCAAUUAUCAUCCUCUACCUCCUAACCUUAUUACAUCCAGUACUGUUAUUGGUAGCACUGCUGGAGUCACUCCUUCCUCGGGCGCGUACUCUGCUUCCCAACUCACUCAAACCAUUUUAAAUUCUCCUCAUCAAAUCCAAUCAUCUAUAUCUCCAUACUAUCCUUCAAAUUAUGAUGGCAGAAUAAACCAGAAUACCUAUAGUUCUGGUUCUAAUGAAAGAAGAAAUCAAUCUCGUUAUUUAUCUCAAUUCACUCCGAACCGGUUCUAUAAUCCCAGUCAAACCACUAACUACAAUACGAACCAUCCUUCUGCAAUAACAUAUAACUCAUAUGAUAAUCAACGUCCAGAAAAUAACAAUCUGAAGCAAGAAGUUUAUUAUCAAAGGGAAAAUAUUGAUGAUGUUGGACAUGUUCAUGAUGCUCAUAACCAUUAUGAAGGAUAUUAGGAAAACUUACUUUGUACCUGGUUUUUUAUUUACGUUAAUAUAAUGCGUGAAAAGACUACUUUAAAAAUGAAAUGUUUAAAAGGGUUUUUUUUGAAGAUAUAAAUAAAUACAGGUUAGUUGAAGUUAACAGUUAUUAUAUUGUGAAUUUAUUUUAUCAAUCCCUUGUAAUUAUGUUGUAAUAUUUGGAAUUGAGUGAUAAUCAAUUUGAACACAUUGAGUAUACUAUCAUUACAAUAACACUCACAAUUACACUGUCUCAGUCUCUGAAGACGAUAACUUGAUUAUCGAAACACGCGUCAGACAGUGAAAUUAUGAGUGUUGGUGUAACAACAACUCGAUACUUCGAGUCUACAGAACUUUGAGAAUUGUUUUAAAUAGAAAUAAUCGAAUUACGACCUAAAAAAUUUGAAAUGUAAGCAGUUAAUUAAAUUCGCGAAACCAUGAAGAUGCAAGUUUGGCAUUAUUUAAUAAUUAAAAAAACUUAAAUAGGAAUAAGGCCUCAAUCAGACGUUGUGUAAGGGAGACAGCCACUCAGCACUUUGAGGCAUCUCUUGUCACGCAAUUGUCUGGCCCACUAUGUUCACAUGGAGCCGAGUAAAUGCGGAGAGAAACUUGCGUCAUGAACUUUCAAAUGAAAAAUUUAUUGAAAUAAUAUUCGAAUGAAAAUUAAUUACAGUUAUAAUAAAAAGUUUGUGAUUUAAUAUCUAAUCAUUACACUGGUCGACAAAAAAAAUUUUUGUACUAACACAAGAAUAUAAUUAUAACACUUAUAGCAUUUAAGGUUUUUAUGUUACAUUUAUAGAACCAUAUUCAUUGGUAAAAUAUUUAAUAUUUAUUUAAAAAAUAAUUUCAAGUUUUUCAAAUCGUACAUAUUGACAAUAUUUAUAGUUUACAUCAAAUAAACAUGCCUCAAAUCUAUUAAAAACAAAAUCUUUGAAAAAAAUCGCUUUAAAUAUCAAUUAGCUGUACUUUUUCCUUUUAUGAGAGGUUGCAGUUUAAUCAGACCUUAUGUUACUGUUUAAAUAUACUGUAUUAGUACACUC